GAGAAGAUGAGCCAAAGUGAGUCGGGCGACCCCACGAGCUGGUGCCGAGUAGGGAGAGAGGCCGUGGCACAUAGGAAACAGACAGCGGUAGAAGACAAGCAGCCGAUCAAGGAAUCAAGAGGGUCAUCGCCGCAAUGGCUACACGGCGAUCGGGCGCUCAAAUCCGGAACUGUCACAAGAACAGGCUGAAAGAAAUGAAGGCGUCACGGCAGAGGGAUCGGGAAGCCGGCGUCGCCAAAGAAGUGAAUCCCCGACCCAAUCCCCUCACCGGCCCAACCUUCGCCUACGUCAAGCGGACGAGUGGCAAUGUUCGUCAGGCCGAGACACGCGUAUCCCUGUACUGUCGUACAAGGCAAUGUUCGUCAAGCAGACGAGUGGCGUGCCACUGUUUUGGUGGUGAGGGGAUCGAGGAGCAGAGGCUUGUGCUACGGCUGAACCGAGACCGCAAAGAUCGCGAGCUGUUUGUGCGAGCAAGAAGGCUAAAUGAUUACCCCCGAAGCCCUCGCUAUGAGGCCGAUCGGGGUAGAGGCGACUCCUGCGGCCGAUGGGAGACAGAACAUGGCCGACGAGAUGGAUAUAGGGACGACAGAUACGAGAGGUCGGGUCAAAAUGGCUACAGAGGGAGUAGAUUUGAGAGAGGAGAUUGGGACUGGGAACGACAAGAUGGGUCGCCCGGACUGUUUGAGCGCGGGGUAGAUGCGAGAGAACAGCGCGACGAGUCGCGGGGAUGGUACAACCGAGGGGACCGGCGCGAUGAGACACGAGGACGAUAUGACUCGGGGGACCGCCGGAAUGAUUCGGGAAGGCGGUAUGAGCAAGGAGGGUCUGGAGGAGACCGGCGCAACGAUUCGCGCGAUCGGAAUGAGAGAGGGGGAUAUGGCGUCUCAUCAGAACCAUAUCCCAAGUCGCCUGACCCCAAGGCGGUCAGGAACUCGAUCUCUAGAGGCGCAGAUGACAGGGCAUCUACUCCCAGGAACUCAUGCGUCUACUGUAGAGGAGAAGAUCAUAUCAAGAGGGAUUGCCCAGACCUUAAACGGGCAAUAGAUGACGGACUUGACGUGCUUGACGACCGCAAGUACGUCAAGUGGGCAGAUGAUCUGGGAGAUGUAUCGAUGUUCCCUUCGAUGAAGGAGAAUGCCGAAGCAAGGAGAAUAAAGACGAGUAAAGGAAUGAGCCGGGUGGCAGCCACCAAGUCGGCAAGAGGGUCUACAUCGAAGAAGACWGACACGGAUUAYGURAUGACGGAGAAGGACGGGCARCGGGUCGAUGGAGAGGAGGUUAUCCUUUCRCCGCGAAAGAGGGGAGUGAAGAAGUUCUUAAUGAAGAGUUCGUUGGACGAGAUUGACACGGUUGAGCCACUGAGGCGGGCCCUUCGGCAACCAAUGCAGUGCUCUAUUCUGGAGUACCUGGCGGCAUCGAAGCUGGUUCGUGAUGAAUUACAGAUGAUCACGCGGAAGACUCGCAUACCUCUAUCAGAGGAGGGUCAGGGGGGCCCUAAAGCGGAAGCUUCUACAGUAGCAGUAACGGGGGUGACUGCUAGAGCGGAACGAAUGGCGACAGUCCUUCUCGAUGGGAUGGAAGGUGUGCCUCCAGACAAGUUUUAUAUACUUGGUAGCGGGGCCGUAGAGACGAUUGUAAACGAUGGAGCGAUACUUGAUGCUGUGAUUGAUAACGGCAGUGAGGCUGUCAUCAUAGACGAGGACGUGGCAGAGCGAGGACGUGUGAUAGAAAUUCUGACGACAUGUGAUAAGGCAAUAGCUUUCAGCGACGCGGAGCGCGGUAGGAUUGACCCUCGAUACGCUAAGCCAACAAGGAUUUACACGAUACCACAUGUUCCCUGGAACRACGCGGGAUGGAARUACGCCCARAAGGAGAAGGAAGARGUUAUYGCUUUCCUGAAAGAAAAGAUGGUUUCCCACGUUGCGGAGCCGUCUGAUAGCGCUUAUGCAAAUCGAUGGUUCUUCCUACGAAAGCCGAAUGGCAAGAUCCGAUGGAUCCAGGACCUUCAGAAGGUCAACGUGGUGACGAUACGAGACGUGGGCUCCGUGCCACAGGCCGAUUUACUGGCAGAAGGAGCAGCAGACGCUGUAUGCGAGGGGGUGGACCACAACAUACCCGAGGAGGACGGCGAUGCGCAGGCGCAGUUGUGGCGGCGGGAUGCUUGUGGGUCACCACCACCGCCUCCCGUUGAGGAUGUGUUCGGGGUUCGGGCCGCCACUUUGAGGCCGUACCCGAGAGAUGACUCGAGUGGAGAUGAGCGCGAGGAGGCGGAUGACGGUUUCCGCCCCCGCGGCGCUGGUGCUGCCCAGCGUGCGGAGGACGACGAUGACGUUUGGAGUGACCCUGAGGAGGUUCGCCGGCGUAGCGGUGACAGAGAUUUAUUCGAGGACACAGCUAGGGGCAGCGGCGAGGAUUCAGAGGGGCGUGGAGGAGGUGUGAGGCUUCUGCGGCUUCGAAAGGGUCCGAAGGUCGCAAAGAGACAACUCAUACUAGGUUCUGAGUCACCGCCGUCAUCUAGGGGUGCGACCGGUGCGGGGACAAGGGAAGCGGAGAUCGAAGACGCAGGACAUGAUCGUCCAACAGACGACAACAAAGAGAUAGGCACCGAAGAUGUGGCCAGAGGUGUUGCUUGGUCGCUAGCGAACAAUGGGACGCUUGGUGCUCUGCCUGGUAGUAGCGCGGGUCACGCGGAGCAGUUUGAUGAUGCCCAUCAUGAGGGGGUGCCACAAGAUGAGGCAGUUGGCGAUGGGGACCAUGCUUUGGAAUCAACGUCCAUGCGCGAUUUCAUGGUCGACCUAGAGGCCACUCUGCCAUCCAUGACGGAGGGUGAGUCUAUUGUUGCGCAACGGGCCGACGACGAGGAUGUUCGGCCUCGGCCACAGACAGUUCACAUGGGAGUGCCUGCACCCGACACCGAGGAGGAGCGGAUGGCUCGAGAGGCGAGGGAGGAUGAGGAGGAGGCCGCAAGGGCCAAGGCCCUAGCCUAUGCUGACCCACGCACACAGGCCAUGGCACGUAACAUGGAGGCCAUGCGUCAGUUAGAGACUGGGGGUGAAGGAGUGCGAGACGAUGUGGCGGAGGAUGACCAGAUGGAGGGCUCAAUCUGUAGUGCACACGCGCAGACAUUGGAGUCUUGUGGGUUGGUCGUCGAGGCAGCUGCCCACAUUUCACAUGCGGUUCGCGAGAGAGAGGACGAUGCACCUGCGCCCGAUAUCGACAGCGCACCCAUCGUCCUGCCACCACCAGACGGAGAUGUGGACGUCGUUGCAGUGCCACACGGCAGAGAGGCGCGCGGCGAGACAAUCGUUCAGUCCACUGUGCCAGAGGAUGAUGUUGGUCAGCCGGUGGUCCCUCACGUAGUCGAUAGUGUAGAUACGGCUUUGCUGGGAGAUCCAGAAGCGGUACCAGGGGGAGACGUGCAGGAGGAGGAGGCAGUUGGGAGUCCAACGGCGGUGGGGGGAGAUGAAGAGACAAGGGAGGACAGGGUUCGGGAGGUACAUGGAGAUGUGGGUGCGCCCUCGACUAUACCUGGUUCACGCGAGGAGGAGGGAGCAGGAGUCAUGGCGCCACCUCCCAUUCGGCAUGAUUCAUCGACAGCCACACUUCGACCACCCAGUCAGCGGUCAUGGCGUCGUCCACCUCGUUACGUACAGCAGCCACGAGGCAGUUUGAUGUUCGGCGCGAUGACUGUCGAUGAGUUGGGCACGUGCCUUGCGACAGAUCUCACAGAGAUGAGACGUGGAGUGAGGAUCGGCUCAAAGAAAGGCAAAGCACAUCUACCACGCGUGCAGUCCGUUUCAUGCGGCCCUGCUAGCCCGACACCACCAUCAGACGCUUCGGUAGCGGUGGGUGCCAUGGGAGUUGGUGCGGCGCAGUCCCCUCCCAGUGUGGCACGAGAUCGCGGGACACGACCUACUACGCCAACCUCAGCGGCGGGCAGGCCUCGGGAGCGUGGACAGGCGACAGCGGGGGCUGUGGCUUCUUUACUUGGGCGCACUGACAUUCCUUGGAGCGACACGAGGAGGUCGACCGCGGGUACCAGAAAGAGGAAGCCCGGGCUGGGGAGGAGACGCUCGUCCACAUCAUCGAUGAGGGAGGUGCAUGCUGCUGGGUUCGAGCAUCGUGGCGGGUCGGGUGCUGAGGUUGAGUGUGCGGGCGGACGUGGAUCUGCAGCGCCCGGCGCACGAGUAUCGACUCACGGAUUGAGGGAGGUUUCACAUAACCUCGGGGCAGAUGUGUUGGGGCCUCCAAGGACACAGCGACCGCUACCCAGACGAGCAUCACGCCUGGAUGGUGAGACCGAGGGGUUGGAGAUGAUGCGAGGGAGACGUCGCACGGACACCCUCUUAGCGGCUUCGCAGAGGGAGAUGAUACUGGAUGGCGUCACGGGGAAUGCGACGAAGGCCGCUCGCCAUUUCACGCAGCCCAAGUACUGCAAGAUUGCGGGGAUGAGAGUUCUCGCGGACAUCUGGAACAACAUGGGGUACAUGUUCGUGGACAAGGCUGCUCAGCGGGUCCUGAGGUGGAUGGCAGACGAGGGGAUUCGGGAUACGAGAUCGACCACGGGUGGGAAGCGGUCACGGGCAGACGAGGCAGAGAGGGAUGACAUGCAAGACUUCCUCGAUGCCCAGGAGGGGGGCGAGGGCGGGGUCGGCAAGGUGGGGAUGCGCGACGAGGAAGCUGGACGCUGCGAGCCCAAUCUGCUUGGGGAGGGGGUAGUGAUGACAUCGAGAGCGGACAGCCUCGCGCGACGCGGUGCGAGGGCGUCACGACAUGAGUUGGAGCGCGCUAGGAGGGAGAAGAGGAAAGUGGGGGAGGAGGACGUUGACGUGCGGAACACGGCGAGGGAGAAGAGGGCACGUCAGACGACAAUCGACGAGCUGUACGAGAAGGAGAAGUUGAGCGAGUUCACUGACGGGUGGCUGCAGUGGAUCUACGCGAACGGGUUGCCGUUCAACACCUUCGGAGGGCCGGAGUUCCAGAGGGUGCGUCAGGCGGCGGAGAGAGUCCCCCACAACGUUCGCUUCCAGUUUCCCUCCUACGGGGUUACAACGGGCGCCAAGAUCCCUUCGCAGAGGGGGAAGGUGGCGACGAUGGUGAGCGAGGUACGAACCUCUUUCCGGCACACCGGUGCCACCAUCCUCUCCGAUGGAAGGAAGUCGCAUAGCGACAAGCUGCUCGUGAACUUCCUGGCCUGGGGCGCCAACGGCGCCUUGCUGUAUACGACCGUCGCACGUGACGGGUCAGUCGCUGACACGGCGGAUGUCGUGUAUCGCAGGUGGCGGGCCAUAAUCUUGUCCUUUCCUGCAAAGGACGUGAUCGGCUUCUGCACGGACUCCGCAAGUAACUAUACGGCGGCGGCCUGCUGAUUUGCCACCGGCCUCGACACUAACAUCAGGAGGAUCACUUGGCUUCCCUGCUCCACCCACAUC